AUUAUAAUUAAUUUGUUCUCAAAUUACACAAUUGCAGGAACUGCUUCAAGGCUAAACAAAAAAACGAUGGGAAAAUCCAUCGGCCACUUCCCUUACCGCGGUUCACCCCAAAGAGAGCAACAAACGCAGCCAUUGGAGUAGUUUCCCGCGCGUAUGACAACCCAACAUCUCCGCCAUGGCAGUGACCCAGAAGCUUGCAAAGCCGUUUGGUUUGGGGCUGCUGGCUCAGUUGCAACAGGGUGGGUCUUCACUUUCCCCUCAAACCCUCAACAAAAUCGUAUCUUCUUGCGCAAAGUCGGCUUCUUUGGAUCUGGGCAUUAAGAUUCACGCAUUUUCUAUCAAGUUGGGUUUUCGUUCUAACGUCUAUAUAUCCAGUGCUCUCGUUGAUAUGUAUGGCAAAUGCGGUUCGUUGCUGAAUGCUCAGAUACUGUUUGAUGAAAUGCCCGAGAGAAAUGUUGUGACUUGGAAUUCUCUGAUUUCUGGUUAUUUGCAAGCUGAGUUGCCAAAAAGGGCAGUUGGGUUGUUUCUGGAGAUGUUGAAAGUGGGGAUAGUGCCAACGCCGUUCAGUCUUUCGGGGGUCUUGGUGGGUUGCUCACAGCUAGAAGCUGAAGAGCUUGGGGCUCAGGUGCAUAGUUUGAGCAUGAAAAUGGGGAUUUGCUGCAAUGUUGUUGUGGGAACUGGAUUGAUAGAUAUGUAUUCGAAGUGUUGUAGUGUUAACGAAUCAAGGCGUGUGUUUAAUGAAAUGCCAGAAAAGAAUGUUAUAACUUGGACUUCCAUGGUUACUGGUUAUGCACAGAAUGGACAAUCCAACGAGGCGAUGAUUUUAGCGAGGGAAAUGUUGCAUUCGGGUCACAAACCAAAUUAUGUAACUUAUAAUAGCUUGUUGAGUUCAUUUUCGAGCCCAGACUUUUGGAAUCAUUGCAGGCAAAUCCAUUGCCGGAUAAUGAAAGAAGGUUUUGAGUUUAAUGUGUAUAUAGUGGUUACACUUAUGACCGUAUAUUCAGAAUGUUGCAAUAGCUUGGAAGACUUUCAAAAGCUUUGCUCGUGCGUUGCAGUAUGGGAUCAAAUCUCAUGGAAUGGAGUAAUCGCUGGUUUUUCUAAUAUUGGAAACAGUGAGGAAGCUCUGCAGUGUUUCUCUGAAAUGAGGCAGGCCGGAGUUUCUAUGAACUUCUUCACAUUUGCAAGCAUUUUAAGCGCGGUAGGAACUCUUUCAGCCCUUGAAGAGGGACAGAAAAUCCAUGCUCUCAUUUUCAAGAGUGGGCAUGCUUCAAAUUUAUGUGUUCAGAAUGGGCUUGUUUCAAUGUACGCAAGAUGCGGUGCCAUCCAUGAUUCGAAGCGAGUGUUUAAUUUGAUGAACGAACAUGAUGUCAUCUCCUGGAAUUCAUUAUUAUCAGGUUAUGCUCAUCAUGGAUUUGGGUUGGAGGCUGUUGAACUGUUUGAGGAAAUGAGACGAACAGAUGUCAAACCAGAUAGUACCGCCUUCCUUAUUGUACUAACUGCUUGUAGCCAUGUUGGUUUAGUGGACAAAGGAUUCGAGUAUUUCAAUCUGAUGAGAAAUGAUGAUUUUUGUGCACCCCCGAAAAUGGAGCAUUAUGCAACAGUUGUUGACCUUUUCGGUCGAGCUGGAAAUCUUCAUGAAGCACAAGCCUUUGUCGAUAACAUGCCAAUCGAGGCGGGACCAUCAGUGUACAAAGCUCUACUUAGUGCUUGCCAAGUUCAUGGAAAUAAGGAAAUCGCUCUUCGUUCGGCACAAAAGCUUCAGGAACUGUCCCCAAAUGAUCCCGCAACUUACAUACUCCUGUCGAACAUGUUGCUGACAAGAGGCUACUGGGAUGAUGCAGCAGGAGUAAGGAAGCUCAUGUAUGAUAGAGGAAUAAGAAAAACUCCCGGUUACAGUUGGAUUUGAGUCAACGUAGUAAGGUCUUUUUUUUUUUGGUUGACAAGG